CAUGGACAAAAUUACAUGGCUGAGAAUUAAUUUGCCAGUUAAGCUUCAAAUAUUGCUCUUUAUUAAGCACCACAACAACUAUAUUAUAUGAGUUUUCUCACCACAUAUCCAAAGCUGAGAACUUCCUUUUAAGCUUUAGCAAUAUUCUUCAACAAUGUCUCACGCUUCUUCUUCCAAAGUUUGCAAGUAUGACGUCUUUUUGAGUUUUAGAGGGAAAGAUACACGUAGAACCUUUGUGAGUCAUCUCUAUAAUGCUCUAAAACAGAGAGGAAUCCACACUUUCAAAGACGAUGAGCGGUUGGAAACCGGAAAAAUAAUUUCUGAUGAACUUUUAAAAGCCAUAGAAGAGGCCAAAUUCGCGGUCGUGAUAUUUUCAAAAAGCUAUGCAUCCUCAAGAUGGUGCUUAGAGGAGCUUGCACACAUCAUAAAGUGCAAAAGUGAAUUGGAGCUUGUGAUUCCAGUCUUCUAUGAUGUCAGUCCAUCAGAUGUGCGCCAUCAAAAUCCCCCUUUCGCUAAAUCAUUUUCCAAGCACGAGAAAAAAUACAAAGAUGAUUUGGAGAAGGUUCAAAGAUGGAGGGAUGCAUUUGCGAAGGCAGGGGAAAUAAAAGGAUUUCAUUAUUUACCAAAUUUCGAGGAUGAGGUCGAUUGCAUUAAGAAGGUAGUCGAUGACAUAUUUCCGAAGUUGCUUCAAGUUAAUCCACCCUUUCCGGAAAGCUUAGUUGGUAUGAAAGAUCAGGUUGAGAAAGUAAUAUCAUUACUAGACAUGAAAUCAAAUGACAAUGUUCGGUUUGUUGGGAUUUGCGGAAUGGGCGGUAUAGGGAAAACUAAAAUUGCAACGGUUAUCUUUGAGAAAUACCGUAGUGAAUUUGAAGGUGCUUGUUUUCUUGAUGUUGGAGAAGGACUGAGGGAUAACGGAAUACGAUGGUUGCAACAUGCCCUCAUGUAUGAACUCUUCAAUGAAGACUUGAAUGUGACAAGCAGCUAUAAGGGAAAGAAUUUGAUAAGGAUGUUUCACAAGAAGAAGGUUUUUAUCGUUCUUGACAAUGUAAAUCGCAAAGAAGAACUAGAAGCUUUAGUUGGAGGGCGAGAGUGGUUUGGUGAAGGUAGUAGAAUCUUGAUUACAACAAGAUAUCAACGCUUGUUAGUCACUCAUAUGGAUGAGGGGUAUGAAGUCCAGCUGUUACCUAAGCAUGAAGCUGUUGAACUGUUUCGUAGACAUGCUUUCAGAAGUGAAUCUCCAAAGGAAGGUUUUCGGGGGCUUUCUAGCCAAGUGGUGGAGUAUGCUGAUGGGCUGCCUUUAGCUCUUGAAGUUUUGGGUUCUUCGUUGUAUCAACGAGACGAAGAAGAAUGGAGAAGGAUAAUUGCUAGACUGAAGAAAAUCCCUGACAAGGAUAUUCUAGGAAAACUUAGGAUUAGUUUUGAUGGACUAGAUAAAGAGGAGAAGAGAAUAUUUCUGGAUAUUGCAUGCUUGUACAGUGAUGAUUCAAUAGAUUAUGUAAAACGAGUAUUUGAGAGUUGUGAUAUCAACUUGCAAGGAAUAAAAAACCUUGUUGAAAAAUCUCUAUUAUCCAUCAAUAGAUAUAGAAGUCUGAUGCAUAACACGAUAAGAGAAAUGGGUCAAAAUAUUGCAAGGGAAGAGUACACUAACAGCAGAAUAUGGCUCCCCGAGGACGUUCGUGACCUUUUUGAAGGAAAGUUGGAAGCAGAAAAAGUUGAAGGCAUGCGAAGCUUAGAGACACACUAUUUCAAAGAUGAGGCAUUCAAGAAGAUGCAAAGGCUGCAGGUGCUCAAAAUUGAUGAUAUUAAUUAUGGUCAUGUGAAUGGUAGCACUAUCACUUAUCUCCCCACUAGCUUGCGGUGGGUUGAUUGGAAAUGCUAUCCUUCAAGUUCGUUGCCGGAGUAUUUUGAACCAUUACAUCUCGUUGGGCUUUCUUUACUUGGUAGUAAGCUUGUCAAACUUUUUUGGCCAACAUCGAAGGAAGCAGAAAAAGUUGAAAGCAUGCGAAGCUCAGAGACACACUAUUUCAAAGAUGAGGCAUUCAAGAAGAUGCAAAGGCUGCAGGUGCUCAAAAUUGAUGAUAUUAAGUAUGGUCAUGUGAAUGGUAGCACUAUCACUUAUCUCCCCACUAGCUUGCGGUGGGUUGAUUGGAAACGCUAUCCUUCAAGUUCGUUGCCGGAGUAUUUUGAGCCAUUACAUCUCGUCGGGCUUUCUUUACAUGAUAGUAAGCUUGUCAAACAUUUUUGGACAACAUCGAAGCAGAAAUUGAGCAACUUGAAGCAUUUGGAUCUAAGCGGGAGCAAUGGGUUAACAGAAACCCCUAAUUUUGGUGAUAUGCCAAACUUGGAGACACUAAAUUUAUAUUGGUGUGAGAAUUUGGAAGAGGUUCAUCCCUCUCUAGGACAUUGCAGAAUGCUUACACAAUUGGAUUUGAGUGGUUGUCACAAACUUAAGAAGCUUCCAGAAUUGAAAUUGAGCAACUUGAAGCAAUUGAAUCUAAUGAUGUGCGUUGGGUUAGCAGAAAGCCCUAAUCUUGGUGAUAUGCCAAACUUGGAGACACUAAUUUUACAGAUGUGUAAUAAUUUGGAAGAGGUCCAUCCCUCUCUUGGACAUUGCAGAAUGCUUACACAAUUGGAUUUGAGUAGUUGUCACAAACUUAAGAAGCUUCCAGAAUUGAAAUUGAGCAACUUGAAGCAUUUGAAUCAAAGCUGGUGCGUUGGGUUAGCAGAAAGCCCUAAUCUUGGUGAUAUGCCAAACUUGGAGACACUAAAUUUAUAUGGGUGUGAGAAUUUGGAAGAGGUUCAUCCCUCUCUAGGACAUUGCAGAAUGCUUACACAAUUGGAUUUGAGUGAUUGUCACAAACUUAAGAAGCUUCCAGAAUUGAAAUUGAGCAACUUGAAGCAAUUGAAUCUAAUGAUGUGCGUUGGGUUAGCAGAAAUCCCUAAUCUUGGUGAUAUGCCAAACUUGGAGACACUAAAUUUAUAUAGGUGUGAGAAUUUGGAAGAGGUUCAUCCCUGUCUAGGACAUUGCAGAAUGCUUACACAAUUGGAUUUGAGUGUUUGUCACAAACUUAAGAAGCUUCCAGAAUUGAAAUUGAGCAACUUGAAGCAAUUGAAUUUAAGAUGGUACCGAGGGUUAACAGAAACCCUUAAUUUUGGUGAUAUGCCAAACUUGGAGACACUAAUUUUAAAUAUGUGUACGAAUUUGGAAGAGGUCCAUCCCUCUCUUGGACAUUGCAGAAUGCUUACACAAUUGGAUUUGAGUUAUUGUGACAACCUUAAGAAGCUUCCAGAAUUGAAAUUGAGCAACUUGAAGCAUUUGAAUCUAAGCUCGUGCGGUGGGUUAACAGAAAUCCCUAAUCUUGGUGAUAUGCCAAACUUGGAGACACUAAAUUUAUAUAGGUUUGAGAAUUUGGAAGAGGUUCAUCCCUCUCUAGGACAUUGCAGAAUGCUUACACAAUUGGAUUUGAGUGGUUGUCACAAACUUAAGAAGCUUCCAGAAUUGAAAUUGAGCAACUUGAAGCAAUUGAAUCUAAUGAUGUGCGUUGGGUUAGCAGAAAGCCCUAAUCUUGGUGAUAUGCCAAACUUGGAGACACUAAUUUUAACUAUGUGUACGAAUUUGGAAGAGGUCCAUCCCUCUCUUGGACAUUGCAGAAUGCUUACACAAUUGGAUUUGAGUGGCUGUCACAAACUUAAGAAGCUUCCAGAAUUGAAAUUGAGCAACUUGAAGCAAUUGAAUCUAUACAUGUGCGUUGGGUUAGCAGAAAGCCCUAAUCUUGGUGAUAUGCCAAACUUGGAGACACUAAAUUUAUGUGGGUGUGAGAAUUUGGAAGAGGUUCAUCCCUCUCUUGGACAUUGCAGAAUGCUCAGAGAAUUGGAUUUGAGUAAAUGUGAAAAACUUAAAAAGCUUCCAGAAUUGAAAUUGAGCAACUUGAAGCAAUUGAAUCUAACUGGGUGCGGUGGGUUAACAGAAAGCCCUAAUUUUGGUGAUAUGCCAAACUUGGAGACACUAAAUUUAUAUGGGUGUAAGAAUUUUGAAGAGGUUCAUCCCUCUCUUGGACAUUGCAGAAUGCUCAGAAAAUUGGAUUUGAGUAAAUGUGAAAAACUUAAGAAGCUUCCAGAAUUGAAAUUGAGCAACUUGAAGCAAUUGGAUCUAACCGGGUGCGGUGGGUUAACAGAAAACCCUAACCUUGGUGACAUGUCAAACUUGGAGACACUAAUUUUAGAGAUGUGUAAGAAUUUGGAAGAGGUCCAUCCCUCUCUUGGACAUUGCAGAAUGCUUAUAAAAUUGGAUUUGAGUCAUUGUGACAACCUUAAGAAGCUUCCAGAAUUGAAAUUGAGCAACUUGAAGCAAUUGAAUUUAAGAUGGUACCGAGGGUUAACAGAAACCCUUAAUUUUGGUGAUAUGCCAAACUUGGAGACACUAAUUUUAGAGAUGUGUAAGAAUUUGGAAGAGGUCCAUCCUUCUCUUGGACAUUGCAAAAUGCUUAGAAAAUUGGAUUUGAGUCAUUGUGACAACCUUAAGAAGCUUCCAGAAUUGAAAUUGAGCAACUUGAAGUAUUUGAAUCUAAGCUGGUGCGGUGGGUUAACAGAAAUCCCUAAUUUUGGUGAUAUGCCAAACUUGGAGAUACUAAAUUUAUAUGGGUGUAAGAAUUUGAAAGAGGUUCAUCCCUCUCUUGGACAUUGCAGAAUGCUCAGAGAAUUGGAUUUGAGUAAAUGUGAAAAACUUAAAAAGCUUCCAGAAUUGAAAUUGAGCAACUUGAAGCAAUUGGAUCUAACCGGGUGCGGUGGGUUAACAGAAAGCCCUAAUCUUGGUGAUAAAUGCACAAGUUUAGAAGAAUUUCCAGAAAUCUAUGGAGAUAUGCGGCGCUUAACAAGACUGACCAUAAAAUCUAUUGGGAUAAGAGAACUGCCUUCAUUCAUUGGGAAUCUGAGCAGCCUCACUGAGCUCAAUCUGAAAGGUUGUGAAGAUCUUGUAAGUCUACCAAACAACCUCUGUAAUUUGAAUAAUCUUAAACAUCUUAAUCUUUGUGGCUGCAAAAAGCUAGAGAAGCUUCCAGAAAACAUCGGUGAAUUGCAAGAGUUACAGACACUUGAUGCAAGAGAAACUGCAAUCUCUCAACUACCUCCGUCCAUCACCAAGCUUGGCAAAAUUAGUAAUCUCAAUAUUUUGGGUGAACUUCCUGAGGAUUUAGGAUCUUUACAAUCUUUGAAAAGUUUGGAUCUUAGGGGAAGCAAUAUUUCUUGUUUACCCAAAAGUAUCAAAGAACUCUUAGGGCUUGAAACCUUGGACGUUCAAUUCUGUCAGAAUCUUAAUGAAUUGCCAGAAGAGCUACCGCCAAAUUUGGAGAAGCUAUGUGCAGAUUAUCAUUUAGCCUUGAAGAGCAUCAGAUAUCUAGUAAUUAAAUAUCUUAAGUUGCGUUUUCUCUCAAUAUCAUGGUGUGGUCAUGAAAAAUCCGAAUACGGAACUGUCUCAAGUGAACAAGUUAAUGUGUUGCAGUCACUACAGCAUUUAAUUAGGACAUGCAUCCAGUGUGACUACCACCAAAGGGAUUAUUUUCUCAUUUGUUUUCCCAAAGUGAGAAUCCUAGAGUUGUUCAAUUAUCAGUUUAUAAAUCAAAAUGUGAACUGGAUUGAUUUGAGCCCAUCUUGGUAUAACGAUAAAUUCAAGGGUUUUUCUAUAUGUGGUUGUACUGAUGAAAGGGAUUGGAUAUUAAUAGCUACAUUGGUCUGCAAAUCUGAUCCUGGAAGAAAUCAUUCCUUGAAGUAUUACCUUCGCAAAUGGCCCAAAUGGCCCAAGUCUGCUAUGUGUUUCAUCUACAUACCAUUUGAAACAUUGUGGCACGCUUCUGACAAUAAAGAAGGGAAGAACCCAAAUGAUUACUGCCUGUUUGAGGUGUAUUCAAUGCACGGACAGGGAGCGUAUUGGGGAAUUCGCCCGGAGUAUGAGAAUAAUGAUACUGCAGUGACAACUGAAAUUUGGUGCUCUAUGGAACUUGAGAAACCAGAGCCAUCACUCACUUUUGGACAUUUGCAAGCGUUUGCUGAGCAUAACAUUGCAACAGACAGGGGACUACACUCGGGCAAUGAGAAUAAAGAUGUAGAGGUGGAUCAAGCAGCAAUGGCAGUUCAAAAGGACAAUGAAUCUCAAAAUGUUGAGUUGACUAGAGUUUAUGAUAGCCCAUCAAGAAAAAUGGAUGAUGCUUCAAGAAAGAGAAAGAGAAAAACAAAGAGAAAUAGAAAUAAAAAGAGAAAGAUAGCAGGGACAGAUGAGACUAGCUGCUCUCAUUUCACCAACAAGCACGCAUGAUUUUGAUUGGAUCUUGAGAAACCUCUUCCUUUGCUAGCAAAAAUUUGUCACUGAAAGGAGAAAGUCGAGGAACAGGGGCGGACCCACGUAGAGCAUGGUGAGUGCUCGAGCACCCAUUGACCUCGUCUCGAGCUAUAUGUAUUUAUAUAUAAAACUGUAGAAAAAUUGACAUAUAGAAUUGCUAAGCACCCAUUGCACAAAACUGAUGGUGGGUGCUUUGGUGAUGAAGUGAAAGCCAAAGUUGUUCCGUGCAUAAGAUUUGGGAUCAAUCCUCUAUUAGAGCAUUUUCUUUUUUAUGAAACUCUACUGGUUCUAAAGUAUUUAUUGUUUAGCUUUGCUGUUUCUUAUUUCUGACUUAUUUGUCUCGUUUUCUUCUUCUUCUUUUUUGUUUUUUUUAUCAGCUGGCUUUCCUUUCUCUUUUCCCACUGUUUUUCUUACUUUUUAAAAAAAUCCAAUUUCUAAUUAGUCUACUUCAAAUAAUCAUUUUUAAAACAUUUAACGAUAUUUAAAUAUUUUCAUGUUUAUAGAUUAAAAAAAAUGUCAUUUACAAACAGAAAACAACCAAAAGAAUGAGUUACGAACUAAAUUAUUUUUUGAUUGUCAAAAAAUAAAAAAUUAUCUAAAUUAUUUUUUGACGAAACGGAUUCAGUUGAACCCCUUUUUUAUAUGUGGGUUUGUCGUAGGUCUCAACGCUCCUUAGCUUUCACUAUCCUAAGGUAGAACACAAUAGUGUUCCUUUUUUGCCGAUUUGCCUUUUUGACGACCACCAUUCGUCACUAAAGGCAAGCACCCAGGACCUUAAAAUCCUGGAUCCGCCACUGUGUAGGAAACAUCUAUCCAAUCAGAUAUUCAAAACAAAGAAUAUGUAAUGAGGGAGCAAUUACUCAACAUCAAAGCCAAGAGCGUGGAGCUUUGCAAGUAAGAUCUUGUUUCCUUGAGACUAGAGUGGAUGGGAAUCCUCUUUCUAAUUGCAAGUUCGAUUACUCCAUUAAUUUAUUUUCUUUUUACCAUUUUAUCGAGAAAGGUGCCUGAUAUUGCUGGGAUCGUUCUUCAAUGUCUCUUUCAGUAUAGCUAAAUGCAAGGUACCUGUUGAUAUCAUUCUCAGAUGGGCAAUCCAUUUAUGGUCCAAGUACCGUUGCUUGUCCUACUACAAAGCUGCAAAGUUCCAAACUCUUUCCCGUGCUGCGAAAAGUUGAUGUAGUAACAACUGAAAUUGGCUGCUCCAUGGUAUUUGAGAAACUAGAACCAUCAUGCAUUUCUAGUUCACGGGCGUCUGUUGAGCAUAACAUUGCAACAGAUAAAUUGGCUGCUUCAUGCUUUCAUUUUAUAUCUUUGAUGUGAUGGAAUGAAGUAAUAGGCACAACAAAUAUAUAUGAUUCCUUCAGUAGAGAAAGUGGUGCAUUAUGAUGGUCAAUUCAGAAAAUCUGCAAUAGCUAAGUUUGUUUCUGCCAACAAUUCCUUUGGUGACAACUUUUACUGAAGAACCCCCCCACCCUCCCACCCUUUCAAUUUUUGCCAGUCCAAUUAAGAAGCAGGUUUUACCUCUCGCCGCAGCAAAUGAUACGGAUAAGUUGUUCCAAAAUUUCGAGAUGCUGCAAAACUUUUCAAGGGAAAGGUUAUUGGAUAUAUAGACGAAGAUGAUCGGAAGAAAUUUAGAUUUGACGGGGACAUUACACUCGAGGAAAUUAAAGGCAUUUGAGAGAAUUUUUUGGAAAACAAGCUUGAACCUUUCUAUAAAUCAAAUCCGAUUCCUGAGGCAAAUGAUGCGAAUGUGAAAGUUGUGGUUGGGAACAAUUUUGAUGAAAUCGUUCUAAAUGAGUCAAAAGACGUGCUUCUUGAGCCCUACCAAUUAUGGAACUAUGGAGAAUACAAGUACAAAAACCUUGAGACUUCAGAGGACCUAUUGGCCUUCAAAGAAGCUCUGAAUUUCUGUUACACAUCCUGAAGACAUGCUCCAUAACAAUUCAAUCUCGUUGCCGAUAUUUAGAGUUAUAGAUAAGCUUACAAAGUUGCUAAGGAGUUGGUCAUUUGUUCAAUCUCGCUCCUGAUUUUAGUUGUAUCAGAAUUUGUACGAUUUUAAAUAUAUUAGACUUUACAUUUGCGAUUGCACCGCUUCUCUGGAAAAAAAAAUCACAAAUUGAUUGCCGUACACAUAAUUGCGGGGGUCAAUUUUUAAUUUUAAACCCCCAAAUUGACAGUCUUUUUGUAGUGACCGAACACACCCUAUAUCUUAAACAAUAUUUUUCGACUCUCUA